ACGAGAAUGGGAAGCAUAUAGUCAAGCUCAGGAGGUGAUCACCAAAACUUUCACGAAGCCAGAUUGUUCCACACCUCUAUCUUCAAACCCGCAGGGCAACAUGGCGACGACGUGUUCCGACAAGUACAUCAUUCAUCGUGGACUGCUGCUGCCCAAAGAGACGCACACGGAAGAGAGUUUGAGAUUUGCGGCGGAGUUUGAGUUCAAGAACGAUGACGUUUUAAUCGUCACCUACCCCAAAUCAGGCACAACGUGGAUGCAGGAGAUAAUUCCAUUGCUGCUGAAUGGGGGGGACCUGACACCAGUCACGACCAUUCCCAACUGGGAUAGGGUUCCCUGGUUUGAGGAGACGAGAUUGGCCCUGGUUUUGGACAAAUUGAAGUCUCCGCGGGUGAUGGUCUCUCAUCUUCCUUACAACCUUAUGCCCAGCUCUCUUAGCAGCUCCAAAGCCAAGGUCAUCUACGUGACACGGAACCCCAAAGACGCAAUGGUGUCAUCGUUCCACUUCCACAAGAUGGCCAAUUUCCUUGAUGAUCCUGGGAACUUCCAGGAGUUCAUGGACAAGUUUCUCACAGGCCAAGUUAUGUUUGGAAAAUGGACGGACCACGUCAAGAGCUGGAAACAUGCAGAUCUGGGAGACAGAAUACUGUAUACCACGUAUGAAGCCAUGGUGGAGAAUUUACCUGGAAGUCUGGGGGAAUUUUCCACUUUCCUCUGCAACAACCUCAGCGAAAAGACCUUGCUGGGGAUAGCCGAUCAUUGCUGCUUCAAAAACAUGAGCAAAAACCCCAUGUCCAAUUACUCACUGGUCCCAAAGGAGUUCAUGGACCCUAGCAAGUCUCAAUUUCUCAGAAAAGGCAUUAGUGGAGACUGGAAAAACCAUUUCAGCCCAGAGCAGGAUCUCAAGUUCUCAGCUUGCAUCAGUGAGGAAAUGAAAGGAGAGAACCUUUGUUUUCCCUGGUGUGGAUAAAUGAUCCAUGGCGCACACAAAGAGAUCCAGCUGCUUCUCUUCUCCAGAGGUUUUGGAUCAACAGUUUGAAAAAGAAUACUAAACAGAACUUGAGCCCUUAAUAGUGAUACGAAUUAACGAUACGUGACAAAUGAGCCGUCGUUUUUUGUUCAGGUAAAUCAUGAGAAAAAAACUUUAAUCAAUUCAGGUCCUUUCGAGUCCUGUGAUUCUUUACAAUUUGUAAAUGUAAUAAUCUUCCUACUGUGCUUUCAUUUUGUAUUUUUCUGUUGUAGCCACCUCAUAUAUGGUAUACCUAUCUGUGAUUUUUUAACUAGCCUGCAACCAGUCAAAUAUGUUAGCUCAAGUUUGAAUUGCUUGGGCAGAUGUACGAAACUACCAAAUGCUGAUCUACCAAUAUGAUCUCUUUCAAUGUCUGAGACGAUACAUUUAUGUUGCAUAUAUUUUAUAGCGAAAUAGAAGUGCAUCUUUUAUACUCAAAAAGUAUAUUAAUGUGGUGAUAACUGUAAACAUAUUCUAACACAAUUUGCUCAAGGUUUACAGUGAAAGCACAAAGAUAUCAAUGUAUGUGUGUGUGUUUGUGAUGGAUCUUAAAGGUAUUUUAUGUAAGAGGUACUUAAUAAACUGAGCAAAUCACAAUUUAUUCACCAUUGAAUGAUGUAGAAAUGCUAUAAUCAAAUCCAAGAACCAAAAUAUCUGUAUGUUGAAUGAAAGCCGCUGACUGAUGAGUGUUGUGCUGGGAGAGGCAGGUUAUUUGUUUAAAUAAAUACUAAUUUCUA